AUGGGGGAACCCGAAUCGUUGCCCCCUUACAAGUACCCGCCUCUCCCUGACAACGCGCAUACGCGAAUUUUAGAACUUCAACCAUCUUUAGACUCUACCUCCCCUCUUCACGUCAACCUGCGCCUCAUCAAUCUGGACAUAGAUCCAUUCUUUGACGCGUUAUCGUAUACUUGGGGAACGCCUGUAUUCAGUGAGGAAAUCAUAGUCGAAAAUAACUCAUCUCUGGGGAUUACGACGAAUCUUCGCGAUGCGCUGGUUCGCUUCAGACUACCGACCAAGUUGAGGCGUCUCUGGGUCGAUGCGAUAUGCAUCAAUCAAAAUGACAUCAACGAAAAAGCCAGGCAGAUCCCGCGAAUGGCGGAGAUCUACCGCGGUGCAUCUUCCGUGUUAGUUUGGUUGGGUAGUGAUUCAGAUGGCGAAGCCCAUAUGAGGAAAAUAGCCCUCUUAACCCAACGAAUGCCAGGCCCAGAGAAUAUCGAGGAGCUGAAACGGGCAUUCAACGGGCUUCUCCAACUGCCCUGGUUUGGUAGGCGCUGGAUUAUACAAGAAGUCUCGCUAAAUCCCAAUAUUUUACUGUUCUGCGGGGCUUCUAUGAUCCCCUGGCUCAGACUGCUAUUGAUCCCUCAAAGAAUAUGGGGCUCGGAUACUGCACCUAAACAUCUGGUUCAAAGCUUUAGAAGCCUCUGGGAGUCUCACGUUCUAGCGGGCCGCCCACUUAGGAUUCUAGAAAUUCUAGCGGAGUUUUCAGAAGCAGGCUGUGCUGAUGACAGGGACCGUAUCUACGCCAUCGCAGGCCUAGCGCCAGAUGUGGCUUUUGUAGAUGAUGAGUCCAGCUCCGACAAGAUAAUUAUCAACAUCAAUUAUACCAAAUCCACCCAGGAGAUAUAUCGGGAUUUUGCCGUUUCAGUAACGACUCGUUUCGAGCAACGUCGUGGUCAAACCGGCUAUGAUCGCUUCCGUCAUGAUCUGAAUGGUAAUGACUUCGUUAGACAUGCUAUGGAUCGAUCUGACAGCUCCCAUUUUAAUGGGAAAUGUUCUUGGAUACCCGAUUGGCGUUUACCUAUUAUCCGACAAUCCCUGCGAUCGGGGUUUUCGGCUCUUCGGUACCCUCAAUCACGAAAUAUAGAGACUUUGACGCUAGAAGACCCUUAUUGCGUAGGAGUAGUCGACCACAUAUUCGAGGCUUUUCCUAUGGAUGCGAGCCCGAGUCUUGCAAUUUCAUGGACAAGGAAGCUUUUUGAAUCGGUAAAAGAGCGGAUGCUAGCAGAGGAUCCCGAUAAACAAUUGAGCAAUGACGACUCACAACUCGUGUGGCAUCAAUUGCUUAUGCUCCUUACGGGAGGACAACACGUUCCUUCGACAUUUCAGCAGUCGGAUAAUAUCGAAGAUUAUAUUGAUGAAGUGUUAGCUUGGGCGAAAGGGCGUCUCGUGUUUAUCAUGUCACCACCAAUUGCCCACGUUGGUCGGAAAUGCUUGGUCUGGCCACAGCUGGGUAUCGGACCAUCGCACACUCGAAUCGGCGAUAUUGUAUGUACCCUCCACGGGAACUCGAUGAUUCGUCGAGAUGAUUCUAAGCCAGGCUGGUUUCAAUCCCUGAUAUUUCGAAAUACCCAACAAUUGAAAGAUACCAUAAGCCCCAGUUCAUUCUUGUGCAUUCCUCAAGGAGUGGGAUCGAACAAAGCAACAAACCCAAAGAACGAAAUUCCACAGAAUUCAAUCACAGUGGAUUGGUCCGACUUUGAAUUCUUUCUGGUUGGGGAGUCCCUCGCAUACGAACGGAGGACCGAAGACCGCCUAGGUAUCACAUUGUUUCUGCAGGUACAAGAGGCUCUGGCAAGAGCUGAUACACAACGACUCAUCCAUGUCAAAUCCAUACGCAUCCGUUGA